CGUGCGGAUGCGGGAGAGAAAUAAAUGAGGAGUCAUAGCGAAAGGGCAUUUCCAGCCAAGGGGAAGGAGCAGGCCUCUCCGAAGGGAGCUGACGUUGGGGAUUACUGGAGCGGAGAGAAGAGGGAGCCUCGUGGGUCUUGCUUCCAGCCCGGGCCAGCGCUAACAUCUGGGCACAGCUGUUUCCUGGAGCCCUUGCUGCUGCUGCACGUCGGCUUGUUUUGCAGCAAUGGAAUCGAAUGGCACUUUCCUCGCUUGCAACAGCCUGAAAGAUGACAAGGAUCUGAAGUUCCUCCUGAAAGGCAGCCAGCUGCUAAAAGUGAAGUCAAGCUCUUGGAGAAAGGAGCGGUUUUAUAAGCUCCAGGAAGACUGCAAAACCAUAUGGCAGGAAUCGAAGAAGAUACUAAGAUCUCCGGAGUCACAGAUCUUCUCCAUUGAAGAUAUUCGGGAUGUGAGGUCAGGCCAUAAAACAGAAGGUAUGGAAAAAUACGCCAAGGAUAUCCCAGAGUAUCGCUGCUUUUCCAUCAUUUUCAAAGAUCAGCGGAAAAACCUGGACCUCAUUGCGAGUUCAGAGGACGAUGCCAACCACUGGAUCUCUGGCCUUGCGAAAAUCAUAGCCCACAGCAACUCCAUGAACCAGAAACAGAAACUCCAACACUGGAUUCAUACCUGCCUGAGGAAAGCUGAUAAAAACAAAGACAACAAGAUGAGCUUGAAAGAGCUUAAGGACUUCCUGAAAGAAGUGAACAUUGAAGUCGAUGACUAUCAUGCCAAGAAGAUUUUCCAGCACUGUGACAAGUCCAAAACAGAGGCUCUGGAGGAUGAUGAGAUAGAGGAAUUUUACAAGAUACUGACAGAAAGGAAGGAAAUAGACAAGAUCUUCCAAAAGUACUCAGAUGCAGAAGGAUUCAUGUCCUGCCAGAACUUGGUGAGGUUCCUCUAUGAGACGCAGCAAGAAGAAGAUGCUGUUGUUGCUGCCCCUGCCUUAAUUCAGAGAUACGAGCCCAAUGAAAGAGCCAAGAGGGGUAACGCCAUGACCAAAGAUGGUUUCCUGAUGUACCUUCUGUCUGAUGAUGGGAAUAUAUUCAACUCCUCCCACCGUAAAGUUUACCAGGACAUGACUCAACCUCUCAGUCACUACUUGGUGUCAUCAUCACACAAUACCUAUCUUAUGGAAGACCAGCUCACAGGUCCAAGCAGCACGGAAGCCUAUAUCAGAGCCCUCACCAAAGGCUGCCGCUGUGUGGAACUGGAUUGCUGGGAUGGCCCUAACUCAGAGCCCGUCAUUUAUCAUGGCUACACUCUCACCUCCAAGAUCCUCUUCAGCGAUGUCAUUAAGGCCAUCAAGAACUAUGCUUUCAAAACCUCACCAUACCCUGUCAUCAUCUCCCUGGAGAACCACUGCAGCGUUGACCAGCAGAAGGUCAUGGCUCAGCACAUGACAACAAUCCUGCAGGACAUGCUCUUGGUUGCUCCAGUCGAUGGAAACAAAUCCCAGUUCCCGUCCCCAGAG